GGUGGCCCCAAGCGUGGAAAGAUCGCUCCAAAGGAAGACGCUUCUGCAAAGUCGAGGAGGCGGCCGCUGUGGUGGCCAUGAUUGGGUCACUUUGCCGGCUACCCGCAGCCUUGCGGCUGGCGGGGCGCUCACGACCCUCAGGAUAUUUUGUGCAGCAGCUGAGUCAGGGGGGACCGAGCUCCAGCGGCGAGGGCAGCGGGUCGAAGGAGGCGGUGGAGCGACUGGUGCGCGCACAUCCGGUGGUGGUGUUCAUGAAGGGGAGCCCGGCCCAGCCCCAGUGCGGUUUCAGCAACGCGGUGGUGCAGAUUCUGCGCCUUCAUGGUGUUAAUGAUUACCGUGCCUAUGAUGUCCUCCAGGAUCCCGACCUCCGGCAAGGAAUUAAAAAUUAUUCCAACUGGCCUACUAUUCCUCAAGUCUACCUCAAUGGUGAAUUUGUGGGAGGUUGCGACAUACUACUCCAGAUGCAUCAAAGUGGAGACCUAGUGGAAGAGCUUAAGAAAUUAGGAAUUCAAUCUGCACUUCUGGAAUCUGAGAAAGACCACGGCAAAAAAUAAAAUUACUGUGACUUUGACAAAGAUAUCUUUUGAUAAUUGGUACCGGAAAAGCCUUCUGUACUUUAGUUUUUAAAAAAAAGGUUCUGAAUUAAUGUGAUUUAUCAUUAAGCAUUCUGUUGUCUGUUGCACAAUAUGAUCAACUGGUAUAUGAAUAUUUUUAUUUUUGCCACCCAUAAAAGUAAUACUCUUCUAUUUUGCACUGCGUCAUAUUUGAUUAGUCACUUUUUACUUGCCUGUAUGCUAAGAAUUUAUUCCAGAAUAGUUGGUAUUAUUUGUCUUUUUUUAAAAAAAAUCUUUAUGAAACAUUUCCUUGAGUUAGUUCUGUGGACUUUGGGAUCUUUAAUUGCAUUUCUUUCACAUUGCAGAUGGUCUAACUUCUUUAUGAUGCCCUUCCAAUUUGUUAAAGAAACAGUUUUUGACAUACACAUAGUGGUUCUAUGGGAAGCUCAGUUGUCUUCUCUCAUCUUAAUUUUUUUUAUUUUAACCUAAUUGUUCAUAUUAAUAAUAUUGACAUUGUUUCUAUUAAGAGAUAAUGUACUAAAAGUUGAUAGCAAUAUUUCAGUUGAAAGGAAAACAGGCAAUUUGUUAAGAUUUCCAGAAGCAUCUAAAGAAUUAAGAGUUCAUAAAUAUUUGGGUUUAACAUUUGCCCCCUCACUACUUUUAUCUAGUAGGUUGGUGAUUGUAGGCUCUUCGCCUUGCUUUAUCUCACUAUUAUUAAGAGCUAUAAAUUACCUCUUCAUUUUGACAAUAAAAAUAAUACCUAGGUUUUAAAAACAGCUUUGAAUGUUGUAUUAAUGUGCUGACUAUAAGUGGAAAAAGCUAAAAUGUUAAAGAUAAAAGUAGGAGAAAGCAGACCCUCUAAACAACUUCAAAACUUUAAGACUUUGCUAACUUAGUUUUCACUUUAAGAAAGUGAAGUGGAAAGAGAAAGAAAUGUUUAGAAUUGUUUUUUAUUCCAAGAGAAAAAAGCAUCCUAGAGACACUAAAUAAACUCAAGACAAUGGCACAGGUUUAUCAAUUAUUUCACUAUUCUUAUCCUAACUUCCUCUAGUUUGCUUAAACAUGUUACCCAAAGAAUAACUAUUAUUGAACUCAGCAUGAUUUUCCUGAGUUAACAUGUAAACAGGGAUUAUAGCUAUUAAUGCCAUAUAUUCAUUGAUGUAUUCUUGGGAAUAAAAAUUAAAAAUGUAACUAAUGGUGAGAAACACUUCGUUUUUUUAAAUUUGGAAAACAGUGUUUGCUAAACACAUAUCCUUGAUAAAUAUUUGAACUUUCUUAAAUAACUGUAGAACUUUUAUUGUGAUAAUCAGCUUAUGUUUAUUAUAUACAUAUACAAUAACACUAGCAUAUACAUUAAAAUAUUAACUGUUUAUUUUGUUAGAAAGUAACAAAACCAUUAUUUUGUUGCCCAAAUGUUUUAAUGGGAGUUGGUUAUUGUUGACAGGUUUUGAAAUAAAAGCUUCUACCCAAAA